AUGUCGUAUACCAACGAGACCGAGCCGUUGUUGACCCCAACGCGCGAGUCCGGAAGCGCGGAUGAUGGUGGUCAGAAGCAGGGACGCGUCAAGCUCUUCCUCGCGCUGCUCGGAGACUCGGUCCCUGUGAUCCUGUCCUAUACACUCCAAAAUUCGAUCCAGACUAUAUGCAUCCUCAUCACCGGUCGCCUCGGUCCCGAUGAGCUAUCCGCCGCCGCGUUUUCUUCGAUGCUUGCGUUCGUCACUGGCGAGUUGUCGUUUCAUAGCCUCAUCGUUGCCCUUGGUGGAACCACUGCACUUGACACGCUUGGCUCGCAAGCGUAUGGGUCUGGUCGCCAUGCAGACCUUUCGAUUCACUUCCAGCGCUGCCUCGCGCACCUCUGGGCACUUUUCAUCCCGGUCGCGGCUCUUUGGUUCUGGAUGGAACCCGUCUUGCUGGCGCUUGGUCAAGGAGAACGCCUUAGCAGGGACGUGCAAGGCUUUCUGCGCGUAUUGGUCGUCGGCGCUCCUGGUUACAUCGGUUUUGAGACCUUGAAGAAGUAUCUACAGUGCCAAGGUAUCAUGACCCUUUCCACCCUCGUCCUCGUUGUAGUAUCACCUAUCAAUGCGGCUCUGACCUAUAUCCUGGUCCACCGUACUUCGCUCGGACUGACCGGAGCCCCUGUGGCACUGUCCAUCACGUACUGGCUGAUGUUCCUAUUCCUCGCCGUUGCGACCUGGCUCUCGCCCUCUCACAAAUGCAACGGAACCUGGCGAGGUCUUCAACUGAGGGCCGUCCUGGACAGACGAAGCAGCGUCGCCUUCUUGAAACUGGCGCUGCCUGGAAUUUUGAUGGUCGGAACGGAGUGGACUGCUUUCGAGAUAGUCGCCCUGGCUGCCGGCAGACUCGGAGAUAUACCGCUUGCCGCCCAAUCGGUGAUAAUGACUACCGACCAAAUCCUCAAUACCAUACCUUUCGGUAUCGGCGUUGCUGCAUCUGCGCGUGUCGGGAACUUCAUCGGCGCUCGGUCCGCCGCGGGUGCCAAGUACGCGGGGCAUGCAUCAGCUUUCCUCAGCGUCAUAGUCGGUUUGAUUGUCAUGGUCAUCAUGCUGCUCUGCAAAAAUGUAUACGGUUACCUGUUCACUGACGACGUCGCUGUGGUGAAGCUUGUGAGCAAGGUCAUGCCGCUGGUAGCAAGUUUCCAGAUAGCCGAUGGCCUCGCUGGUUCUUGCGGUGGUGUCCUGAGAGGACAAGGUCGUCAACACCUGGGUGCUCUAUUCAACAUCGUUGCAUAUUACGUUUUGGCGUUGCCUCUCGGUAUCACGCUUGCAUUCAAAGGGGGACGUGGUUUGGAGGGCCUGUGGGUCGGCCAAGUCAUUGCGCUGUUCCUUGUUGGUAUAGGCGAGUACGGCGUGGUUUGGUUGGGCACCGAUUGGGAUCGGGAGGUUGCGCGAGGAGAAGAGCGCAACCGCAUGGAGGCUAAGUUGAGGGAUCGAAACCGCGUCGUUGAAGAAGCUGAUUGA